AUGAAUAGAUACAACAACAGCCGCCCUGGAGGAUACGGUGCUAGAGGACGUGGAGGGUAUAGCAGAGGCUACGAGAACCAGUCCAGAUACCAGGAUAGAGACAGAGACAGAGCUUGGAACAGGGACAGAGACAGGUAUGAGAGAAAUAUAGGGAGAGAGAACGUCCCUGUGAGACAGGAUGUUCAAGUUCAACAUGAAGUGAAGACAACAACAGACUCUGAGAAACAGUCACAAAAUGGUGAAGCACCCAAAGAGGAUCAGGCUAAUUCAGAUGAUGUAAAGAAGCAAGAAAGACUUAAGAAAUUACAAGCCUGGAAGAAGAAACAAGAAGAGAGAAAGAAGCAACAAGAAAGUGCCACCAAAACUGCACCAUCUGCAGCUAUAUCGCCUUCACCAUCAACAACUGAAAUACCCAAAAAGCCAUUACUCAAAACAAAAAGUCUGACAUCAGCAAAACCUAAAAUGAAAUUUGGACUUGGUAAAACUACUAAGAAGAACAAUCUAUUUGCAGAUUCUGAUGAAGAAAAUGACACACCACAGAAACGUUCUGUUUUCAUUCCAAAAGCCACUAAUGAUGAUCAUGAUGAUGAUAAUGAUACGCAUAUGGUAGAUGCUGAUGAUGGACAUUACCAAGAUCAGGCUAAUAAGGCUGAUGAAGAUGAAGAUGAUCCAUUAGACGCAUUCAUGAGGAAAAUUGAAGGUGUAGAAGAAGAUGAUGAUGAUAAACCAAAAACUAAACAAGGUGAAAAUGGAGGACCAACUCUGGAUGAUGAAGAUAAUAAUGAUGAAGUAGGCCAGUAUGAAUUUAAUGAUGAUGAUGAAGCAGGUGAAUUAUUGAGAAAAUUGAAAACUAAAAAAAGUAAAAAUUUACAUAUUCCAAAAUAUAAUUUAAAAGAAAUGGAAAAAUUUCCUAAAAACUUUCUUGUUCAACUUGAAUCUAUAGAUCCUGAUGAAGUUAUUAAUUUUAGAGUUAUGAAUAACAUUUUUAUCAAUAAUAAAUCAAUUUCACCAGUUAUGAAUUUCUAUCACUUUGGUUUAGAUGCACAAACGCUAAACGUUAUCAAUAAUGAACUAUCUUUUGAUAAUCCAACAGCUAUUCAAUCUCAAACAAUUCCAGCAAUUAUGUCAGGUAAAGAUGUUAUUGGUAUCGGUAGAACUGGUUCUGGUAAAACCAUGUGUUUCCUUUUGAGUAUGCUAAAGCAUAUUAAACAACAAAGACCUUUAGCAAAUGGUGAAACAGGUCCAUUAGGUUUGAUCUUGUCUCCAACAAGAGAAUUGGCAUUACAGAUUUUUGAUGCUUGUCAAGUUUUUUUGAAAAAUACAAAUUUAAAAGCAAUUUGUUGUACUGGUGGUUCUGAAUUAAAUAAACAAAUUAAUGAAAUUAAAAAAGGUAUAGAAAUUGUUGUUGCAACACCUGGACGUUUUAUCGAUUUAUUAACAUUAAAUAAUGGUAAACUUUUGAAAACAGAUAGAAUAACUUUUGUUACCUUAGAUGAAGCUGAUAGAUUAUUUGAUUUGGGAUUUGAACCACAAAUUAAUCAAACUAUGAAAACUAUUCGUCCUGAUAAGCAAUGUGUUUUAUUUUCAGCUACAUUCCCUUCAAAAUUACAACAAUUUGCAGUUAAGAUUUUGAAGAAACCAAUCAUUAUUACAGUGGGUAAUAAACAAGUUGUUAAUGAGACUAUUACACAACAAGCUAAAUUAUUUGAUGAUGAAAAUGAUAAAUUUAAUCACUUGUUGAAUCUUUUGGGUAAACAAGGAGACCAAAAAACAAUCAUAUUUUGUGAUUCUCAAAUUCAAGUAAAUUUCAUGAAUAGAAGAUUAGUUGAAAAGGGUUAUUCACCAGUUCCUAUCCAUGCAGGUUUACCAUCGCAUGAAAGAACUGCAAAUUUAUCAAAUUUUAGAAAACAAUCAAAUAUAUUGAUUUGUACAGAAGUUUUAUCUAGGGGUUUAGAUGUUCCAGAUGUUAAUCUUGUUAUAUUAUAUAAUGCUGCUAGAACUUUUGCACAAUAUGUUCAUACAACAGGUAGAACUGCAAGAGGUAAUACUAAAGGUACAGCAAUAUCAUUAUUAUCCAAAGGUGAAGAUACACAAGCUUAUAUUUUGUAUAAAUGUAUGGUUGAAGAUGAAAUUCCAACUGAUAUUAAAGAUUUAGCUAUAAGUUUUGAAAAAGAAUUGAAAGAAGGUAAAAAGAAAAUUAGUAGUGGAUUUGGUGGUAAAGGUCUUGAUCAUCUUGAUAAAUUAAGAGAUGAAACUGAAAAAUCUGAACGUAAAAAAUAUGGUGAAGAUGAAACUAAAAAGAAUGUUAAAGAAAAUGGUAGUGAUGACAAUGAGUUUAAUGGGAAUGACAAUACAAAUGAAGAUGAUGAAAUUGAUUCAAGUUCAGAUUUGAAUUUAGAUAUUAUUUAUAAUUCAAAAAUUGAUGGAUCAGCACCUGAUAGUGGGUUAUAUAAUGCAAGAAUUAAUAUUAAUGAUUUACCACAAAGUGUUCGUUGGCAUGCAACAAAUAAUGCAUCAUUAUCUAAAAUUACUGAAGAAACAUCAACUUCUAUUACAUACAAGGGUCGUUAUUAUCCAGAAGGUCAACAACCAAAAGAAAAUGAAGAAGCAAAAUUAUAUUUAUUAGUUGAAGGUUCAAAAGAUUAUGAAGUUGCAGAAGCUGUUGAGCAAUUGAAACAAUUAUUCAUGGGUGGAUUAAAAUCUAAAUCAAAUGAACAAAACGGUAAAUUCUCUUUAUAG